AAGAGGAGCUGCGCAUGUCAGUUAUUCCGGCCAAUCGCAUGUCUUUUCCGCUUCCCGUGCGGCCCCACCCCUGGAACGCGAGCAUUCGCGGCCGUGGUUGCUCGGUUUCCCUACGCUCUGGGGAUGGCGGAGGGAGAGGUAAACCAAGGGUUCGUUUUCAAGAUGGAAAGCCCUUCAGACUCAGCUGUGAUUUUACCUAGCACUCCACGUGCCUGUGCCAAUCCACCCUCUCCCCAUAAAAGUAGUUCAAGAAAACAACCUAUGAGUGCAACACUUAGAGAACGGUUAAGGAAAACUAGAUCUUCAUUUAAUUCCUGUUACAGUGUGGUAAAACGUCUUAAAAUAGAGAAUGAAGAAAACAAUCAGAACUUUUCAGAGAAACCAGCAUCUUCAACAGAAGAAAACUGCUUGGAAUUUCAAGAAAAUUUUAAACACAUUGACAGUGAAUUUAAAGAAAGUACAUAUUUGAAAAAUACCAUCAAGAAUAUCAAUGCAUGUGAAUCUACUGGGUCUUGCAGUGAUCUCCAAAAUGAUUCUGCGGAUGAGAAUCUUCCCAAACAGGGAUUAAACGAAGAAAAAGCAAAAUUGGUGAAGCAGAUUCAGGAGAAAGAAGACCUUCUUCGGAGGCUAAAACUAGUCAAAAUGUACAGAUCAAAGAAUGACCUGUCUCAGUUACAGUUGCUAAUAAAGAAGUGGAGAAGCUGUAGCCAGCUGUUGCUUUAUGAGUUGCAGUCAGCCAUGUCCGAGGAGAACAAACAACUCAGCCUUAGUCAGUUAAUAGAUCACUAUGGGUUAGAUGAUAAAUUGCUACAUUAUAACAGAAAUGAAGAAGAAUUUAUAGAUGUUUAAUUCAUAUUGUUUUCUCCAGAAUAUCUUUGAGAAUGACAGCUUAAAAGAUACUACAUUUUAAAGGGAAGAUACAAACCACUAGGGCUUAGAGAAAGGUAUCUUGAUGAACAGCAGUUUAGGGUACUCUGUUACAUAGCUGUAAACUAAGUUCUAAAAUGAAAAUUUUUUAUUUUGGAUAAAUUUGCCAAAGAAAAUUUUACAUUUUAAAAAUGUGAAAAAUUUAAAUUGUGUUUUAAAAAAUAAUUUGUGCAGUUCUGGAAGUUGUAAUACAUUGUUUUGUUUUAUUGUGGUAAAAAUGUUUUAUUUUAAAUGUUAAAAAAAAUAGUCCAGUCUGGUGAAUGUCUAAACCUAAACUGGUCAAAAAAAUGCUUGCCUCUAUCCUAAGUUUAUGAAUCUGUUUCCAUGUAUUUAGCAUAUAUUUCCGUCUGGAUGGUCCUACAGGUAAUUAAACUCAUAUGUCCAGAAGUCUAUUCUUCCUGUCUCUUCAGAUUUGCUUCUUGUACGCCUUAUCUCAUUUAGUGAAAUACCAUCUAUCUCUUACAAAACCACAUUAUCUCCCUCUCCCACUUCAAGGUGGUAUGGCCUACCAGGUCUUUCACAUUCAUCUACCUUUCUAGCUUCAUCUACGAAAUAGAUUAAACUAAGAUUUUCAUACUUGUUUUCUUGAACUACUUCUAUGGGGAGAUGGAUUGGCACAGGCCUGUGGAGUGGUAGGUAAAAUCACAGCUGAGUCUGAGGGCUUUCCAUCUAUUUAGUUCAGUUACUCCUCAGCCAGAAACCCACCUUCAUAGGGUUGUAUUUCUGGCUGCCACGUUGUACAAUGUUACCUGUCAUCCUGGCCAUAUAUAGAAAUAUGACCCAAGCUAGCCAGUCUCUGAGAAUUCGGAAUUCUGCUCAGGAAAAGAAAGCUCAUCUCUUUUUGUGGCUGAGCUAUUUUAUGUACUCGUCACCUUGGAGGCAGAAAAGCUUGUGUACUUCCAGUCUAUCUUGAGGGCUUUCUGGAUGUCUGUUUUUGGGUCUUUUUAAGGGCUAAACCAACUUUAGUUAGUUA